AACAUGUUUGGCAAGUCACGGUUCUCAAUCGAGGAUUAGGCGGUACCAGCGUGAUCGGAGCUUAUUCCAAAGGACAAGAGUCGACCGUAUUUCGUUUGUGCUUGACGGAUAGAACCCUCAGUUUAAUAAGAAAAGAUCGAGAAUCACCUCAGGCCGAAUUGUCCCUCUCCAGUAUACGUAGCUGUGGUAGUAUUAAAAACUUUUUUUACUUGGAGGUUGGAAGAUCGAGUGUUACGGGAGCUGGAGAGCUUUGGAUGGAAACCGAGGAUGCUAAUAUCGCCCAAAAUGUUCAUGAAACAGUGUUCCACGCAAUGUCCAGCAGUAGCUCCAGUAAGGACGAAUUGGGACCGCCACGGAUACGAUCGAGCUCAGCCACCGAAUCAUCAAAACCCGGCCGAAAGCAAACACACAGCGGAGCGACAAAAUAUCAUCAUGCACAAGAUGGAAAUCCCCAGGUCAACGAGACAUUGGUUCCAGCAACUACAUCAUCAUCUCAUAUUGCUGUUAGUUGGGUAAGCUGCAUGUAUCAACAUUUGUACCAACGCAGUGCUUCCAGAGCUUCGCAACGUCGUCAUUCUAUCUCAGCAGGGGGCGUGCCUUGGCCGAAGACUGUAAAUCAUCAAAGAACCCAGUCACUGCCCCUUGCACAAAUUACACCCCUAACCGAACAACCUUUACAACCUAAGCGAGCAGCUAAACGUUCCAAUCAAUCUUUCAGGUGUACCGCGGGAAAUGGAAGAGAGCGCUGUGACAGUAUGCCAACAAGGGCGCGAACCAGCAGCGAAGGCACGCAUUCGAUACACGCCUGGUGUCAGCCGCGCGCGUACCUCGCCCAUCGCCCUCAGUCGCUUUACGCGCGCGAAAUAUCGCACAGUCCGCCUACAGAAAGUCCCAUCAGUCCACCUUCGGCCGCUUGCUCAACGGACUCGGCGGGAUCGUCGCUAAGCAUCGACGAUUCGGAGCAGUGGGCCGAAAGCGAUACCAUUCUGGGAAGGUACGGUCACUCGCUUACUCCCGAUGAAGCGAUUGCCGAAGAGAACUACGACGAUUGCCCCGACAGCCCGUACUUACCUCAGGGGGCGAGUCCCAGCGGUUACCUUCCUAUGGCUCCCAUCAGUUCGGACGACGGUUAUGUUGACAUGAGCCCACGCGGGCGGCACGCAAAUAUGUCGCCGGCAGCGAGUACAAGUAGUAUUACCUCGGGAACUCCUUCAACGGACAUGCGGUUCGCUGAAUAUCCUUUGGAGAAGGUGAGCGCCUACUUCCCACCUACCGAAGAUGACAAAGGUUCCGUUGACAGACCGAUUAGGGCAUAUUCUGUAGGGUCGCGUCCAGACACAGUGAAAAGUAAGGCGCGUUACGAAAUGUCGACGACUCCGGAAAACGCGCGCGUACGAGCAUUCAGCGUCGGAUCGAAAACGCGUAAGUUACACACGCGCGUCCUGCCACCGCACGGAACUGUGAUACACCCUAAACCGAAAUCGUCGAGCGCGCCCCUAUUGUCCGGUUCGCGAAUUUUAGUGUCGCACAACUCGGAAGAUCGCAUGAACGACCUUAUGGAGUUGGACUUUUCGAAACCGGUCAACUCAGGUUACCUAGAUAUGAAUCCUGCUAAUAAAGUUCCUUCUGGUUACGUGGAAAUGAAGCCUGUUCACCAUGAUGCGAUGCAAACCUCCGAUGUUUCACCGUACGUGGACAUGCGUUCGGGUUCAUCUCCCGCAAAAGCUACCUCUGAUUAUAUUCCUAUUCAAGCUCCGAAACCAAAUGUUUACAUGGACAUGGAUCCGAGACGAUCGAGUAGUCACGAACGGCCAGAUGCGCGUGCCAAAGAUACCAAGAACCUGGAUUCGCCUGUUACUCGUCACAAUGACUACUUAGACAUGAAUUUCCAAUCGAAAAAUAAAACCUACAGUAGUUCACCAAAUGACUAUCCCAUGGACAAUUCAAUGGAUUACAUGGAUAUGGGUUACCAUUCAAGAAUAACGGAGAACAAACCGACUACAGUCGACGGCUACGUAGAAAUGUCAUUGGGUAGACAAACAGCCAACCACCAACGACAGCCUAGUUUGGAAAGUGCGAAAUCGGAUCACAACGAAGACUACACUGACAUGUCACUAGGGACGACAAGUAGAAAAAACGAAAGGCGAACCAGCAAAAAAGAUAAAACCGCUUCACAACCGAUACUGAUACAAGCGGUAACGACGGCCGCGCAUUUUCCCAAAAAUUCUAGUUCCAUAAGUCCGAUAUAUUCCUCAUUUCAAAUUGGACGGAAGUAUUCCACCGGAACUCCUCCUAAAAUGUAUCUACCUCUAUCUAGCAGCGAUUUAAAUUCCUACUCAAGUUUGCCAAGGCAACGGUCGCGUAAGAACAGCCGGCGGGAUUCGAAGGACAGUUCUAGUUCGAGUGUUACCACGCCUUCAAGUUCCUCGACGAUAUUCCCAUUUAGUUUAAAUAGUCCGAGUUCACCUUUGAAGCCGUGCGCGUCGAUGAAAACGCCCGAGGUCUCCGGUAAUAUUAAAAUUCCCGCCGCAAUUAUGAGCGUAAAAUAUAAUCGUCCGUCGACUAAGCCUAAUAACAGUGCGGAUUAUACGGUUAUGGACUUCGACAGGGCGAAAAAAUCGAUGGACACCUCCGAUUACGUAAACUAUAAUCCCGCAACUUCUAGUGUGAGUAAGUGCAACACUAGCGGCGGCGAUUACGCGAUCAUGCGACCCGGCACCUUAGAAAUAGUUCAACCUACGACUGAACCUAAGAUAUCGAUACCCGUUUCUAGUCCUUCCGCUUUAACUUCACAGUUAUCAUCGAUGGUAUUAGGGAAAAGCGCUUUGAAUUACGAUUUCGGAAUGGCCGGCGCUAGGUGUUUUCUUCCCAUAUCGGAGGCGCGCGAUGAUUCCCGAUUGUUAAAUAUGUCGCCCCGGCCCGGAGACGUCGCGCCGUCCGAAGAUAACAGCAACAUGGACGAGUCGGAUUAUAUGUUGAGCGGCGAUUGUCAGUCGCCCGUUGCGAAAAUAUCGAGGCCCAAUUCCGUCAAUAGCGACUGCAUAUCGAGAAGCACCUCGAGACCUGCCUCCGUCAGUUGCGAAUUAACGCGAGCGAGUGUGUCGAGACCAAACUCGGCCGCCAGUGAGUUUGGUUCGUCUAGUUCGACGGUCGUCGGUUCGCGCCCCGCCUCCGUUAAUAGCGAUAGAAUUCGGCCGGCGUCCGUGAGCUUUGAAGGACAAUUGCAUUAUGCUAGUUUAGAUUUAGCGCCGACCUUCGAGGAGGAGGGCAGUCGAAGUCCGAGGACGGUCAAGUCUACUUCCGGUAAUGCCCCUACUGAAAUCAGCAACACGAGUCCAACUCAGCAGAUUCCGGAGACCGGUUUUACUUACGCCGAAAUAGACUUCAUUAAGAGUGAGGGAUUUAAACACAAUUCUCUGCCACCUAAUAAUACAAAGGUUAAGCAUUAACCGCAUCUGUUAAGAAUUUAUAGUUAAUUAUUUAUAGACUGAAAGUUACUACUAGUUAAAUAUACACAAGAAAACGAUUAGGAUUUUAGACAUGGAUUGUAAUUGUAACAUUCGCAUAUCUUGGAAUGAAUUAGGUAUCAAAUGUUAAAUGUUGUAUAUUGUUAGGUGUAGCUUAGAAAAAUUUCGUUGCCUAUGUUGUUUCGCAAAUUAUAGGAAAAUAUAUUUAAUCACGUAAGGUGUGCAUGUAUUCUGAAGAACAUAUCAAUGCAAUAAUUGUAUUUUGAUAUAGUCAAAGUGUUACUUUGUAGUAUUACAGUCUAAAGAAUAAGUAAAUUACGAAUAUUUAUUAUAUACCUAUCACAUAAUCUAAAUUUAAAAUAAUAAUAAUAAAAAAAAGCGUAGUUAAGUAAAACCUUCAGUAUUUAGAUUUUUGACGAUCAUAUUUUUAACUAAAAUUUUUGCUAUUGGGUUUAUUAAUUAAAUGUUAUAUACACGUUGAUGUCAACACUAAUAAUGGUGAUAUAUUUUGGGACAAACAGCGAUACGAAAUAUCCUGUAUAAAGAAUAUACGAACGUAUACAUUGUGUUCAAGCUAAGAAGGAAACGAGACGACAAAAUUUACAGAAUUGAGCUCAUCUACCAUAGCGCGUUGGAAUGAACUCGGCUUUUAUUUUACAAUUCCCAGAAAAAAUUUGGUAUAUCCUAUUCCUUUUAUGAAAGUGAAUUAGUACUGUCAUAAUCAUGACUUGUUCUUGUAAAAUUGUAACUUCUUAGAAUUUUGGGAAAGAAUUCGAGAAAAAUUUCAUUCCUAGGAAUCUUCUACCUUCUUAUUUACAUUAAUGCUCUAUUUUAAAAAUCAAGCGAGCGCAUGCGCAGAAUAGAUAUUUUUUUGAGUUCGACGCCAAUACGCCGUUGUAGUAUUUGAAUUUUGAUUUUUUCCUCUUCAUUAAUUUGUCCUCCACGGUAACUGCACAAACUGGAAAUAAAUUAAUGUUGCAAGAAAUACGUAACCCGAGGAUAUGUGCGAGAUACUGGACUAACCCAAAUUCCUCCUUAUUGUGAACACUGUUUAUGUAACCUCUUUCCUCUCUGUUGAAAAUGUAGUUAUUGUAGUUUAGAUUUUGGCAUAAGGUGCAUCUUGUAAAUAAAUUGACAGGCGGUGAAAAUUAUUACAUAAUUCAAAAUGCUCCAGCCCCGGAAAGAUUUUGAUUGAAUUUUUUGGCAAUUAUCGAUGAACGUUAUUGUUAAUUCGAAAUAUUUUGUUUACGUUAUAUAGUUUGUAUUGUACGCGCAACGUUUAGUUUGGAAUAUGUACGUUUGUAAAAUUUUAACGAUUAUAAAUAUGUGCAACAUAUAAUGUAAUUUUCUAUUUAGUAUGUGUAAACGCAAAAAUAAUUACAUGGUAAAUGUGCUUUUUACAUUACAUAGUGCCUUUAAAAAUUACUACAAUUCCAGUUUAAGAGAUGUUCUUAUAGGAAUAUGUGUUUUAACAAUAUGCACGUAUUGUUUUUAGUUUAAUUCGUCAAGGCCUAUUCAAAAUUUAGGCUAGUAACUAACGUAGACGUUUUUUAAAUUACCUUUCGAAAGUAUAUUUAAAAAGAAUCAAAUAAUGCACAUAGUUAAUUGAUUAAUAGUUUUCGGUGUGAAAAAUAUAUAUUUUAAUAUUUUUGCAUAUGCUUGUAACAUUAACGUUCGAAAAAUUUAAUUCUAAGGCCUUGUUGAAAAUCAGUAGAUUAUACGUAUCCAUGUAAGGCGAAGUUACUGUGCAUUGUUGGUUUGUUCAUUACUAAUAUUAACUAAAAUAUACUGUGUAGCUAAAUAUACUUACGUGUACGUGCAGAUAUCAAAAAUGCAUUACGCUAAUAUGUGUAAAUUUUAGUUUUAUUUGUUGUGCAUUUAUUAUAUUUUUUGUAUGUUUUUUAUGUUAAUCUUUUGUACAAUUACUGCCAAAAUUAAAAUUUUAAGAUUUCA